GGGUCGGGGCAGGAUGGUGGAUGUGUUCAGCGGGAGGGUCCUGGUCAGCAAGGACGGCCGCAGCGUGGACGCCGAGGAGGCGCUGCAGAACAAGGUCGUGGGCUUGUACUUCUCCGCCAGCUGGUGCUCGCCCUGCCGCGACUUCACCCCCGUGCUCUGCGACUUCUACACGGAGCUGCUGGAGGAGACCCAGCCCCCCGCCCCCUUCGAGGUCGUCUUCAUCUCCUCCGACCACAGCGCCGAGGAGAUGGCGGGGUACAUGCACGCUAUGCACGGGGACUGGCUGGCGCUGCCCUUCCACGACCCCUACAAGCAUGAUCUGAAGAAGAAAUACAACAUAACAGCAAUUCCUAAGCUGGUGAUUGUGAAACAAACUGGAGAAGUCAUUACUGACAAGGGAAGGAAACAGAUCAGAGACAAGGGACUAUCCUGUUUCCAGAACUGGCUUGAGGGUGCGGAUAUCUUUCAAAACUUUAAUAUCUGAAAUGCUGGCAGAUGAAAGCAAGAGAAGGCAUCAUGGAAAACUUUGUAGAGCUCUGAAACUGUGAUUGCCUUUUUCAAAAAGAAGGGCAAGGUUAUUUAUCUUCUCUUGUAAACAAAGUUUGUUUUCAACUUGAAGAUUAGCAUUAGGUUACAAAAUGUAAUUGUUUUAUUUGUAGUGUUCCAUCUACUAUAUUCAGUAUAAAUCAAAACAUUCCUGAUAAUACUGAAGAAUUUCAAGAGGGUGGGCUGUUCUAGGCAGUAAUAAUAGAGCACUGUGAAAUCUAUGCAACUCUAUGCACUUCCUUUGCAAAAUCUGUACAAUAAAGGUUACAUGUAAGCACAAACUUAUUUUUCUUGAUGACAGUGCAUUUUCUGGUGAUUAGCACAUAUAUUUUAUUAAGAAAUAGUUUUCUUUAAUAAAUAACU